GUGUCGCGUUUCCGUCACGUCGUCCAUUUUCACGGAUCCGCACAUGGUGCUACACCGGCUGAGAACCGCCAGCCUUUUCGUUUUCGGGAUUUUUGCUCCGCUGUAGACAAAAGUCCGUGUCGUAGUUCUGUUAAAUGAAAGAAACGGUGGAUAUGGUGGACGACCCCGAGUAUGAAGAGGAGGAGCCUUCCUUCAGCGACCCGGAGGACUACGUGGACGAUGUCGACGACGACGAGCUUCUUGAUGACAUCCUGAGGGAAAAACCCCAGGAGGCAGACGGCAUAGACUCGGUGGUGGUGGUGGACAACGUCCCUCAGGUGGGCCCGGAGCGUUUGGAAAAGCUCAAGAACGUCAUACACAAGAUCUUCUCCAAGUUUGGCAAGAUCACGACCGAGUUUUACCCAGAUGCAGAUGGCAUGACCAAAGGUUACAUCUUCCUGGAGUAUGCUUCUCCUACUCAAGCCCUCGAAGCAGUCAAGAACGCAGAUGGAUACAAACUCGACAAGCAACACACGUUUAGGGUCAACCUCUUCACUGACUUUGACAAAUACAUGAACAUCAGCGAUGAAUGGGAAGCUCCAGCAAAGCAGCCUUUCAAAGACUUUGGGAAUAUGCGCCAUUGGAUCGAGGACCCAGAUUGCCGUGACCAGUACAGUGUGAUCUAUGAAGCUGGAGAGAGGACUGCCAUUUUCUCCAACGACGCUAAAGAGUCAAUCACAGUUGAAGAGAGAGCACGCUGGACAGAGACGUACGUCCGAUGGUCUCCUAAAGGUACCUACCUGGCUACGUUCCACCAGCGGGGAAUCGCACUGUGGGGCGGCGAGAAGUUCAAACAGAUUCAGAGGUUCAGUCAUCAGGGUGUGUCCCUCAUUGACUUCUCACCAUGUGAAAGGUAUGUGGUGACCUUCAGUCCACUGAUGGACACCAAGGAGGACCCACAGGCCAUCAUCAUCUGGGACAUUCUGACCGGACAGAAGAAGAGAGGCUUCCACUGCGAGAGUUCUGCACAUUGGCCUAUUUUUAAAUGGAGUCAUGAUGGGAAGUUCUUUGCAAGGAUGACACCAGACACACUGAGCAUCUAUGAAACUCCGUCUAUGGGCUUACUGGACAAGAAGAGUCUCAAGAUUACUGGGAUAAAGGACUUCUCGUGGUCUCCUGGUGACAACAUCAUAGCGUUCUGGGUACCCGAGGACAAAGACAUCCCAGCCAGGGUGACUCUGAUGCAGAUGCCCUCCCGUCAGGAGAUCCGUGUUCGCAAUCUCUUCAAUGUCGUCGACUGCAAACUGCACUGGCAGAGAAACGGGGAUUAUCUGUGUGUGAAAGUUGACAGGACUCCCAAAGGAACACAGGGUGUCGUUACCAACUUUGAAAUCUUCCGCAUGAGAGAGAAGCAGGUUCCUGUCGAUGUGGUGGAGAUGAAGGAAAGCAUCAUAGCGUUUGCAUGGGAGCCCAAUGGCAGUAAGUUUGCUGUCCUCCACGGCGAGUCGCCAAGAAUCAACGCCUCCUUCUAUCAUGUCAAAAACAACGGCAAGAUUGAGCUCAUAAAGAUGUUUGACAAGCAGCAGGCCAACAGUAUCUUCUGGAGCCCCCAGGGACAGUUUAUGGUGCUGGCUGGGCUCAGGAGAGCUCUACACCACAUUAUACAUGUGUCCACCAUGUACUGCGAUGAUGCGUUUGUGAAGCCAUCUGUCACGUUAACAUGCUGUCAUAUACACUCAUCUGUUCUCUUGCAGAUGAUCAAAAAGGAUCUGAAGAAAUACUCAAAGAUCUUUGAGCAGAAGGAUCGUCUGAGCCAGUCCAAGGCUUCUAAGGAUCUGGUGGACAAGCGGAGGGCAAUGAUGGAAGACUACCGACGGUACAGGGAGGAGGCGCUGAAGAUUUAUCAAGAACAGAAGAGCAUUCGCCUCGAGCUCAGAGGAGGAGUGGGCACAGAUGAGCCGGACAGCAAUGUGGACGACUGGGAGGAAGAGACCAUUGAGUUUUUUAUCAACGAAGAAAUCAUUCCCAUUGGAGAUCUGUAGUCCCCUACGCAGUCCAUCCGUUUUUGUGUGGAAGGAGGAGAGAGGAGCUACGUCAUUGAUUGGAGAAGGACGACGACCACGCUGUGAAUCUUGGGGCUUCAUCUCAGGCCGCAACGUUCAACUCAUCAUCAAAGUGCGCCUUACGGAUCAGCAGCUUCAUCGAGAGACAAAAGAGAAUACUUUGUAUUGCCUAAUUUCUCUUUGUCUCUCAGCAUCAUCUUCCCCAUUUUUUUUUCCUCUGUGGACUUUGAUAUUCAGCAAAACUGCCUCCUACUCUGUUCAUUAGUUGGAGUCUCAGUGUCUAAUCUCAAACUCCAUCCUGUUUUGGACCUUCCUCAACCCCCCCUGGGGAUUUAUUUUGAACUAGCCUCACCAUGCUAGUCUGUUGUUACAGGGCAGCACAGAGUGCCAUACCAUUCAGGGGUGGAGGUGUUGUGAAUAAACAAGUAGCCUUGUUAAUAAAUGUGCUGAUGUGGCGCUAUAGUGGCCUGUAUCCUCCUCCUUUCAGACUAGGCUUUCACACAGGGAGGGGGCGCGCAGUGGGAAAACCUUUAAAUAAACAAACAGAAUACCACCUGA